AUGACUCUCUCAGAAAACAAACGUCUCUCAGUCACACCCUUGCUCUCUGCAGCCUCAUCAGCAACAACAACAAGCAGCGACGCCUCCGACGAUAGCCCGCCGGCCUCGGCACGUUUCGAGAUCAGCUACCAUCAGUUUCCAUGCACGGCGCACUUAUUAUCCGGGUCCUUCUUCUCCUAUCGAUCACUGGCUGUCCUUUCCGGCCACAAAGGCUCCAUUUCGUGCCUGUCUUUAUGCGGAGAGUUCAUCCUCAGUGCUUCACAAGGCAAAGACAUCAUCGUGUGGCAGCAGCCUGAUCUGAGGCCUUUCACAAAGUUCGGACAAGGCGAUGGCUCGGUGAAGGCGGUUGUGACCGUUGGGAACAAGGUCUUCACGGCGCACCAAGACAGCAGGAUCAGAGUUUGGAAGGUUUCGCGGAGCUCGGAGAAUGUGUUUAGGCUUGUCGAUACUCUGCCUACAACGAAAGAUUAUUUGGGGAAGUUCAUGAAGCAAAGCAACUAUGUUCAAACGAGGAGGCAUCACAAGAGGUUGUGGAUUGAACAUGCUGAUAGUAUUUCUUGUCUGGCUUUCUAUAAUGGGUUGGUUUACUCUGGAUCUUGGGAUAAGACCCUUAAGGUGUGGAGGGUUUCGGAUUUGAAGUGCGUGGAGUCGAUCAAGGCUCAUGACGAUGCCAUUAAUGGGUUGGCUGCAAGUAAAGGGAUUGUGUAUUCUGCUUCUGCUGAUGGAAAAAUCAAGGCUUGGGGAAAAGAAGGCAAGAGCUCACAUUGCUUGAAGGGUAUCUUGGAGGGUCAUAAGGAUGUUUCGUUUAACUCGGUGGUGGUUUCAGAGGAUGGGAGAUGGGUCUAUGGAGGCGGUUCCGAUGGAUUUGUGAUGGGGUGGGAAGGGUGUACAAAUGGUGGUGAUCAAAUUGGGAGUUGGAAGUUGGUUUGUGAAACAAAAGCGCAUCAAAUGGCAGUGUUGUCGAUGUGUUUGAUGGGGGAGAUGUUGUGUAGUGGAUCAGCAGAUAAGAGUAUAGGUAUCUGGAAGAGAGAAGCUUUUGGGAAGCUUUCCAAAAUUGGGGUUAUUAGCGGCCAUGAAGGGCCAGUCAAGUGUUUGCAAGCAUCGCCGAAUUGUGUCGGUGGUGGUUUCAUGCUGUAUAGUGGAGGCCUUGACAAGAGCUUAAGAGUUUGGUGGGUUUCCAAACCCUCCACAACACAGACGAGUACAGAGGAGAAGUCUGUCAUGUUGAGCUAG